AUGGCUUGGGGCACGACCAGCGCGUGGAGCGCACAGACGAAGGAAGGAAACGAUGGAGUGGAAUCGUUAGCGGUGCCGGCGCAGGCGUUCCCGUCGCUCGGCGGGGAGGCGGCGGAAGCGGACGCGAGCGGAGCGUUUCCGUCGCUCGGGGCGGCGGCCAAGGUGAAGGAACCGAAGAAGAAGACGAAAGGGGUGAAACUUUCGCUCGCAGAAUUCGCGGGUGCGUCGGGUGGGUCGUCGUACGCGCCUCCGGGACGAGUCGGUGGAUCGGCGUUCGGUCGAGGACGCGGCGACGACGUCGUGCUGCCGAGUGGGCCGAGCUCGCGACCGGACGACGACGGAGGCGUCGGUCUCGGUGGUGGAUUCAACCAAGGCGGUGAUCGUUACGGCGGUGGUGAUCGUUACGGCGGUGGUGAUCGUUACGGCGGCGGUGAUCGCAGUGAUGAGCGUCGUCCGGGUCGGUACGAUCGAGACGACCGCCGCGACGGUGAAUAUGGCGACAGAGAGGUUCGCGAAGAGCAAGGUCCUUCUCGCGCGGAUACGAGCUCUAACUGGGGCGCGGACCGUCGCGCGCCGCCGCAAGAUGAUCGUUACGGCGGCGACAGGCGUGCAACAGGAUUUGGCGACCGUUACGCCGAGAGAGGUGGCGACCGUUACGGCGGCGGCGACGAUCGCUACGGCGACCGCGAGGAGCGCAGACCGGGAUUUGGCGAUUUCGCAGACCGGCCGCCGCGUGAGGAUCUCGGACCGUCGCGCGCGGAUGAAAGCGACAGCUGGAGUAGAGACAGAAAACAGUUACCGGAGCGUGAUUCGCGAUACGACGAUCGACCUCCGCGCGAAGAACGCGACCGCGACUGGGGCUCUUUGCGUUCUCGCACCGCCGCCGCCGAGCCGCCGUCGGAUGAUGGUUACGCUCCGCGAGGCGAUCGCCCGAAGCUUCAGCUCAAACCACGCUCGGAAGCCGCUCCUACGAGCGCGAGCGCGGGCUCAAGCUCGCUCUUCGGUGGCGCUAAGCCCGUAGACGUCAAGUACGUCGAGGACAAGCCGCGCGAAGCGAUUCCGAUUCGCUCGGAAGAAAACCCCGAACGUACCGAGCGCAAGCAAUACGACGAACCGAAAGAUUCCGAUGGCGACAGAUGGGGCCGCAAGUCUUCGUUCGCCCCGCGCAAAGAGGAAGAACUCCGCGAAGCGACUCCCGAGGAGCGCGCCGCGAGGCCCAAACUGAACUUGCAAAAGCGUUCCACCGACGCCCCCGUCGGCGCCGCGGCGAAGAGCUCGCUCUUCGGCGGCGCUCGCCCGCGCGAAGAGGCGCUCAAGGAAGCCGGUCGCGAUUGGCAAGCCGAAGAUCUCAAGCGCUCCGUCGGCGCGGUCAAGCGCAAGGAGUUCAAAGAGGAGAAGGAACUCAAGGAGAAGAUUCAAGCCGCCAAGGACGCCGGCGACGACGUCAAAGACCUCGAACUCGAGCUCACCAAGCUCUCCCUCGAGCUCGACGACAAAUUUCGCUUCGCCAAAGGCAGACCAGAGCCCAAGGACGGCAAGGACGGCAAGUCCAAGGACACACCCGCGCCCAAGGACAAGCCCGCCGCCGCCGAGAAAUCGGCGCCCGCGCCUCGCGAGCGCGCCGCGCCCGCGCCCAAGCUCGCCGAACCCGCCCCCGUCGUCGCUCGCAACGCCUUCGACGCCCUCGCGGAUAGCAUGAAUUCGUAA